AUCCAGAGGAAACAGGACUAGCUUUUGUGUCAACAAAGUUCAUAUUUAUUCGGGAGUGUCCUCCGCUUAUGCCAGACCUCAGCUUUGCCAUCAGUGUUCCUUUAUGACAGUUGGGAGCAGAAAGAGGGUGUGAGGUUUGUCGCUGACAUGAAAUAUCAAGUUCAUUGGUACUUAGUGGCUUUAAUUGCUACCCUCGUAAUACUAUGGCAAAUCUCCACUUUUACUGGAUCUUGGAAUUUCACAAAAAUUCCAGUUGAUAAUGGCUUGAAUCGAGACACCCCUGGACACAGACUUCACGUGGGGCUGCCCAGAAGGGAAAAUGAGUCUGACUUGUCAUCCAUAACAGCUCCACCUCCCGGGCAAAAGUGCAACCUCUCCGAAGCGUGUCCUGACGGCAGUUUUGCUUUCAGGAUCAGGAGUGGUGCUGCAAAUGUUGUGGGCCCAACGGUCUGUUUUGAUGGUAAAAUCGCCAUGAGCCAUGUGCUGAAUAACGUGGGACCAGGACUCAACAUUGUGUUGGUUAAUGGCAUGAGUGGAGUUGUAGAAGACACUAUGAAUUUUAAUAGAAACCACAAAGCGGAAGAACUCGUGCAAUACCUGAAGGAUAUUCAACCUGGAAAAAUAGUUUUGGCGGCUUCGUUUGAUGAUUUGGCAGCAAAAUUGACAGACGAAUCCCGGGAGUUGUUUGCCAAACUCGGAAGCAAUUUACUCAAGUCGUUGAAUAGUCGAGACAAUUGGGUGUUUGUAGGAAGCACGAGCUCUGAGCACAUAUCGGCCUUUGAGAAGCUGUGUCCGAGUGAUGAAAAAACCAACGUGUACGAAGGAUGGCCAGAUAUAGUCGAGCUUAGUAGCUGUUACCCAAGAAUCCAGACUGAUGCGGAUCGACCCUAAAGGACUGCUGAAGGACCUCCUUCCUCACCCUCACUGGGCUUUAUGUUGACUCAGUAUCAUAUGAUUGUGGACUGUACUUUGGUUUUAUUCUACCCCCUGCAUCGUACGUUAUGAGAGCACAUUUAAACGUUAACAGAGGUGAUAAUUACUGGUGUUCUUUCACGUGUUUACAUUCAGGGAGUAAUGAAGUGUGUUUUCUCUGACUCGGUGGAGGACGCUUUGUUUUAUUACACGUCGAUGAAAGAGCGAUCUUUUUGCGUCGUCGCAUCUUUAUUUUUACGCCUUCAUUGUAUUUAUUGUGUACUUGUAAGCAAAGCUCUUGCAUGUAAAACUGAUUUUUUUGAAUUAAUACACUGAGAAGACCGAGUUUUAUCAAAGUUUGCAAACUGUGAAAUAAUUCCAUAUCUAUUCAAGUAUUUGAUAGUUGCAUUGUAUUUGCUGCAUUUAAUAAAUCUGUGAGAAUGUAUCAAAUCUCUUUAUUCCCCUCUGAAA